GAGAUACAGCUGAUGAAGCAGCGUGUGGAGGAGAUGGAGAGGGAGGCGAAAAAGCUGCGAGAGCUGCAAGCGGCCGCGGAGAAGGCGGCGUCGGGCUCAGAGCAGGGGAGUGAGGCGGGCGUGCCGAUGGAAACGGAAGACGACAAGGCUGCUGCUGAUAGCAGGAGUGUGUUUGUUGGGAAUGUUGAUUAUGGAUCAACGCCGGAAGAAAUACAACAGCACUUCCAGGCGUGUGGUGUCAUCAACCGUGUAACCAUUCUUUGCGACAAAUUUACUGGACAUCCCAAGGGGUACGCAUACGUGGAGUUUGCGGAACCCGAACAUGUAGAUGCCGCGCUGGCACUGGAUAAUUCUCUAUUUCGAGGUCGCCUAAUUAAGGUGACAGCAAAACGGACUAACAUCCCUGGAUUCAACCGUGGGCGGGGUAGAGGGGGCUACAGAGGA